AUGUGGCGUCAACGUCUACUGGCGUCGACCGUGACGGCGCUUCUCGUCAUGUCCAGUCCCGUGAUCGGUUGCAAUCCUCUUGAAUCCACUGAAUGCCCCGCCGACGCAGCGCUAGGCAUGGCCAUCGACGUCGACUUCACCCAAGGCGCAGUCGACUCCUUCACCGGCUCCGGCUCUCCAGACUACGGCUCCGACGGCGUGACCUUCACCGUGUCCAAGGGCGGCGACGCCCCUCAGCUCAACUCCAUCUUCACCAUCAUGUUCGGCCGCGUCGAGGUGACGAUGAAGGCGGCGCCGGGGGCCGGCAUCGUCUCGUCGCUGGUGCUCGAGUCCGACACGCUGGACGAGAUCGACAUGGAGUGGCUCGGGUCCGACCCGGACGAGGUGCAGUCCAACUACUUCGGCAAGGGCCAGACGACGACGUGGAACCGCGGCCAGUUCCACCAGGUGCCCGGCACGCAGACCGGCUUCAUCACCUACACCGUCGACUGGACCGAGGACCGCAUCGUCUGGAUGGCCGACGGCACCGUCCUCCGCACCCUCGAGGCCGCCGACGCCGAGGACGGCCAGUACCCCCAGACCCCGAUGCAGGUCAAGAUGGGCGCCUGGGCCGGCGGCGACCCGGACUACAACCCCUCCGGCACCGUCAAGUGGGCGCGGGGUCCCACCGUCUACUCCGACGGCCCCUUCUCCAUGGUCGUCCGCUCCGUCGCCGUCACCGACUACUCUACUGGUUCGGAGUACAGGUACACCGACACCUCCGGCUCCUGGCAGUCCAUCGAGGCCGUCGGCGGCGAGGUCAACGGCAACGUCGGCCAGGACGACGUCACCGCCACCGCCACCGCCACUGCCCUCGUCACCUCCGCCGUCUCCGUCCCCGUCGGCGGAGGCAUCGGCACCACCGCCACCCAGACCGGCUGGCCCUGGGACGACACCACCGCCCCCACCGUCGGCUCCAUCCCCGACGGCUGGAGGAUGACCUCCGAGGGCAAGCUCAUCCGCGAUUCCGCCGCUUCUCUCACCCCCCGACCCGCUCACCUCCUCCCGCUCGUCCUCGCUGCCGUGGUCCUCUUGGUAUAG